AUGGCGUCUUUUCUAUCAUCUCGUGCCGUCAUCGCGGCCGUUUGCAAGCAGUCAACAUCGCUGCCCGUCUCUCUACAAAAAUCUUCACAAUUGAUUGCCUCCCCACAAUUGAACCGGCAAUCCCAGACACUGAAAGAGAACUCUCCUUCCACAGGAUCUUCAUCGGCCAAUUUGCAACUCACCAAUCUUCCCUACUUCGUCCGUCGCACAGCUUCCAACCAACUUCCCGUGUACCUGGUUACCAAGGCUGGUGGUACCAAACAGCAGACAAAGAUUCAGAAGACCGAGGGCGAUCUAGACGCAUUGAGGAAUGAUCUUGCACAAUUCUUGGAGCUCGAAUCGGGUGGUACGGGUGCUGCGAAAAGCUCGGAUGUUUCGAUUAAUCGUCUUACUGGACAUAUCAUUGUCAAGGGUUGGCGGAAACCUGAAAUCCAAAAGUUCCUUUUGGAACGCAGCUUUUAA